AUGACGAAAGAUCGAUUGCCCGCUUUACGAGCGGCCCAGAAUACUGAGGACAGCGAUCCUGAUGCUGCCUAUACUGCUAUCAAUAUGGAAGAUAACAGUCGAUUCAUGUCCGACUUUUUUGCUCAUGUCGAUUCACUGCGUACGAAUAUCGAUAAAAUAAGUGAAUUAGUGGAUGAAGUCAAACGUCUUCAUUCCACGAUUCUCGCGGCACCACAAGCCGAUGAUCGGACGAAAGAAGAGCUCGAAGAAAAAAUGGCCGAUAUCAAAAAAUUGGCGAAUGGUGUUCGACAAAAACUGAAAGAAAUGGAACAAAAUCAAGAGCAAUCUCAGACAUCGUCGAGCAAAACUCAAGCACAACUACGAAUCGAAAAAUCACAGUUAUGUGUAUUAACACGAACGUUUCGUGAUGUGAUGAACGAUUAUAAUCAAGUUCAGUUGGGUUACCGACAAAAGUGCAAAGAGAGAAUACAGCGACAGCUUGAGAUCACCGGAAGAUCAGUAACUGAAGGAGAAGUCGAAGAAAUGUUGGAAUCAGGUAAUCCAGCAGUAUUCACACAAGGCAUUAUGGUUGAAACAGCGCAAGCUAAACAAUCCUUAGCGGAUAUUGAAGCUCGGCAUGGUGAUAUUAUGAAAUUAGAAAAGAGUAUCAAAGAACUACACGAUAUGUUUAUUGAUAUGGCUGCACUUGUUCAAACACAGGGUGAAAUGAUUGAUCGAAUCGAAUACAAUGUUGUACAAUCAGAAAAUUUCGUCAAGGCUGCUAGUACAGAUACGAAAAAAGCUGUUAAAUUCCAAAGUGCCGCCCGACGGAAAAAAAUUCUGCUUAUCAUUUGCCUGAUUGUAACAGUCAUCAUUAUUAUCCUCAUAAUUGUCAUUUAUUUCGUGGUUAAAAGUAAAACUACUGACAAUUCGUCAGCAGUUACUGCAACUCCAGGAAAACGAUAAAAAAAAUCAUUAUCCUCAUCUGCUUGGCUGUUAUCAUCGUUAUCCUUGGAUCCAUGGUUGCUGGUUGGCUUGGUCUUAAAAGAUAGCGACCGACCUAUAUGA